AUGCGACUCCUCUUGUGGGUAUGUCUUCUCGGGCUUUGUCUGACCGUUGUGGAAGCAAAGAGUAAAAAAGGGAACACAAAGACCACCGCCGCCGAAGAGGUCCCCGUUCCACAGCCGAAAAAAGCGUCAACAAAAGCCGCAGCUAAAACAACCACUGAAAUCGGAAAUGAAAAGAAAAAACCAGCCUCGAAGAAGCAAGAAGUGGCCUCAAAAAACGAUGAUGACAACACGAUUGAGGAUGUUGAUGAGGACAAGAUUGAUGAGAUUUUACGAGACGCAACAAAAAAUCUCGUCAUAUUCUUUUAUGAUGGUCGAUCGUCAUGUCCCUCGUGCACUGAUGCUCUAUCGGAAGUGGAAGAGAUUGAUGAUGACAUUGAAGCCACCGGAUAUAUACAGGUGGUGAAAACGGAUGAUCGAAGUGUUGCUCGAGAGUUGGGCGUGACGACUUUCCCGGCACUUGUCUACUAUCGACGAAAGAAUCCGAUUAUGUACGAUGGAGAUUUUAAAGAUUCGACACAUGUUCUCAAAUGGUUACGAGCUCACGAUGAGGUGGCCACUUGGGAGCUAACAGAUGACAAUUUCGAGUCUCGAACUGACACCCAUUCACCCGAUGAGGGAACGCUCGAUUGGUUUGUGAUGUUCUACGAUGCCGACGAAGCCCCGUGUAACUCGUUUGUGGCCGUCUGGGAAACUGUCGCACAUAAACUUCGCGGUCUUGUUCAUGUGGGUAAAGUGGAAGUGUCGGUGAAUGAUGAUGUCACCGAGAGAUUUCAUAUUGAUGAGAAUGAAUGUCCGACUUUUUUGUUGUUUCAUCGUGGGAAAAUGUAUCGAUACAAAGAUUCGGCAAAGGACGUUCGAUCGCUCACCAAUUUCGCUCUCUUCAAAUUUAAAGAACAACGCGGUCAUCGUGUCCCCGAUCCACCCACUGCUAUCGAGCAUUUCUAUGAGUUCGCUAAGGAGAAAAUCUUGGAUAUUAUGGAUGACAAUCAUACCCUUUCCGUGGUCGGCGUUGGCGGUUUGGUGCUCAUCGUGGCGACAACGCUUUUCUUGAAGGCUCAACGCAUUCGAAACGAAUCUCACGAGAAGCAGGGA